UUCUUGCAAUCCAUCGAUAAACAAACAAUCGAGACAUUUAUAUCGACUAAUCGUCUUCUCUUCGGUAAUCGGUAUUCGGUCAAGUCAAGUGUCAAGCAAAGGUCACCUUGGAUGAAGUUCACCUUCCGACUUCUCCGGCAUUCAAAUAAUUCAAAGUGUUUUCAACUUUAAAAAAAUGGAUGGAAAAGCUUCGAAAAGGUUUAUAGAGCGUGGCUCUCAUAAAGGCAAAGGUCUAGCAGUCUUCACAAGUGGAGGUGACUCUCAGGGUAUGAAUGCUGCAGUGCGAUCAGUGGUUCGCAUGGGAAUCUACUUGGGAUGCAAAGUGUAUUUUAUCAGAGAAGGAUACCAGGGUAUGGUUGAUGGAGGAGAUAAUAUUGAAGAGGCUAACUGGUCAUCUGUAAGUUCAAUCAUUCACAAAGGUGGUACAAUCAUAGGAUCAGCCAGAUGUAUGGACUUUAUCCAAAGAGAAGGUCGUGUGAAGGCUGCAUACAACUUAGUGAAUCGAGGUAUUACUAAUUUGGUGGUGAUUGGUGGUGAUGGUUCACUUACUGGAGCUAAUCUUUUCCGUCAAGAAUGGUCCAGUUUACUUGACGAGUUGUUAGAAAACAAUAAAAUCACAAAGGACCAGAGGGAAAAAUACAAAUAUUUACACAUUGCUGGAAUGGUGGGCUCAAUUGACAAUGAUUUCUGCGGUACAGACAUGACUAUUGGCACAGACUCAGCACUGCACCGCAUUAUUGAGGCCAUUGAUGCUAUUGUCAGCACGGCAUAUUCUCACCAAAGAACAUUUAUCAUGGAAGUUAUGGGCAGGCACUGUGGAUAUCUUGCCACGGUCACAGCCUUGUCGUCUGAAGCAGAUUUUGUGUUUAUCCCAGAAUCACCACCAUCAGUGGAUUGGCCAGAUAAACUUUGUGAUAAGUUAGAACAGGAGCGUAAGUCGGGGCAACGUUUGAACAUCAUAAUCGUGGCCGAGGGAGCUAUCGACCGCGAAGGGAAGCCGAUCACCGCGGAGCUGGUGAAGAAAGUGGUAGUGGAUAACCUCCAGCAAGAUACACGCAUCACAGUCCUGGGCCAUGUGCAAAGAGGAGGAUCUCCAUCGGCUUUUGAUAGAAUUUUGGGUUGUCGUAUGGGUGCCGAAGCUGUAAUGGCUUUGAUGGAGGCGACGCCAGAAACCGAGCCAUGUGUGGUGACCCUGGAUGGAAACCAAGCUGUGCGACUGCCACUUAUGGAAUGCGUGCGUCGCACUAAAGCUGUUGCUCAAGCUAUGGCUGACAAAAACUGGGACUUAGCUGUGCAGCUGCGCGGGCGCAGCUUUGCACGCAACUUGGAGACUUACAAGAUGUUGACUCGUCUGAAGCCGCCGAAAGAAGCGUUCAAUGAGGCGGGCAAACCAGCAGAAGGUUUAACGCUCGCGGUGAUGCACGUGGGCGCGCCUGCGUGCGGCAUGAACGCGGCCGUGCGCUCCUUCGUGCGCAACUGCAUCUACCGCGGCGACACCGUGCUCGGCAUCCACGACGGCAUCGAAGGCUUCAUCAGCGGGAACAUCGUCAAGAUGGAGUGGUCCGACGUGACUGGUUGGGUGGCUCAAGGCGGGGCUUUCUUAGGAACAAAGCGCACCUUGCCCGGGGAUAAGAAGGGCGAGAUUGCUGCCCGUAUCAAGGAGUUCAACAUUCAAGGGCUACUUAUCAUCGGUGGAUUUGAGGCAUAUCAAGCCGGGUUAGAGCUAUACGAGUCCCGCUCCCAGUUCCCCGAGUUCUGCAUCCCGCUAGUGGUGGUUCCUGCCACCAUCAGUAACAACGUGCCCGGCACCGACUUCUCGCUGGGCGCAGACACCGCGCUCAACGAGAUCACCGAGAUAUGCGACCGGAUCCGCCAGUCUGCGCAGGGUACUAAGCGCCGGGUAUUCGUCGUGGAGACAAUGGGAGGAUACUGCGGGUACCUCGCCACUUUAGCAGGUUUGGCCGGCGGUGCCGACGCUGCAUAUAUUUACGAAGAAAAAUUCUCCAUCAAGGACUUACAACAGGACGUGUACCACAUCGCCUCCAAGAUGACCGGCGGCAUACAGCGCGGUCUGAUCCUCCGCAAUGAGAAAGCCAACGACAACUAUAACACGGAGUUCAUAUACCGCCUCUACUCCGAAGAGGGCAAAGGACUUUUCACUGCCAGAAUGAAUGUUCUAGGUCACAUGCAGCAAGGUGGAUCACCCACACCUUUCGAUCGCAACAUGGGAACUAAAAUGGCCGCCAAGUGUCUGCAUUGGCUAGUUGACUCUAUUCACAAGGGACCAGCCAGUGGAGCCGAUUCAGCCUGUCUGCUGGGGGUUGUCAAGCGACAGUAUAAAUUUACACCCUUGGAGGAAUUGAAGGCUCAGACAAACUUUGCACAAAGAAUAGCUAAGCAACAAUGGUGGAUGAAGUUGCGCCCCCUGUUACGUAUUUUGGCUAAACACGACUCCACUUACGAAGAAGAGGGCAUGUAUAUGACAGUGGAACAAGGAGAGAUUGACUCGGAACAUGUUAUUUAAUUAAUGAAACACUAGUCAAAUAUAUUAAAAUGUUUGUAUCGUACACUUGUAACGGUGUCCGCUUGAUUCGGUGUUGCCAUAUCUUUGGACCUACAUAUGCCCAAAUUAUAGAAGCUGCUAGAUACUCUUAUUUGUAUCAUUAAGGAUGAGAAGAUAUAGUAUUAAUUAUUACCACCUUAGAAUGUUAUUUAUUUUAGUUAUUGAAAUAGUAGAUUUUUGACCAGUGGUAGUUUUAGUAAAAAAUAUUUAUUGAUAAGAGUAAAUGUUCUUGGAUAUUUAUUUUUAUUAUGAAAUAAUCAUAGUGCUUACUUUAAAGGUUUGUAAAGAUUUUGUUAUAAUGACUAUUCAAUUUCUAUUCAACAAUGUAAAAUGGAUUUUAGCCAUAUUUUUAUUUAUGUUGUGAGAUUAUGUUAUUUUUUUAUAACAUUUUAUUAACAGUAAUUUAGAUAAAAUGAUAGUUUCGUAAACAAUUUUACUAGAUAUUACAAUAAUUUUUAUUUUUUAACUACUUUUUUAUUUUGAAACUUAAAGGCUAUGAGUUGUAUACUUAUUUACUUUUAACAUUUAACAACAUUUUUUUAACAUUUUUAAAUACCGGUAUUGGAUUCCAAAAAUGAUUAUAAAAUGAACCUAACUGUUUCAAAAUAUUAAAUACUCUAUGUGAUGUUGAUAUUGUGCUUUAAAUUAAACAAUGAUUAAUACAUUAUAAACACAG